AUGUUCGUGCAGGAGGAGAAGAUCUUCGCGGGGAAGGUGCUGAGGCUCCAUGUGUGCACCAUGGAGGGCGCCGAGUGGCUGGAGGAGGUCCCCGAGGACACGACGGUGGAGAAGCUGAAGGAGCGAUGCCUGAAGCACUGUGUACCUGGGAGCUUGGAGGAUCCAAAAACUGUGACGCAUCACAAGUUGAUACAUGCUACUUCUGAGAAGGUGCUGACAGACACAAAAACAGUGUUGGAGGAAAACAUUCAAGAUAGAGAUGUCUUGCUUUUGAUAAAGAAGCGUGCGCCACCUCCACUUCCCAAAAUGGCAGAAGUGUCAGCAGAGGAGAAAAGGAAACAAGAGCAGAAAGCUCCUGAUAAGGAUGCUAUUCUCAAAGCAACUGCAAAUCUGCCCUCUCGCAACGUAGAUCGCACUGUGGCCCAUCACAACAUGAGAGAUUUUCCUUUCUUGCAGUUCCAGACAGAGCUCCGGAAGAUCUUAGUGUCUCUCAUAGAAGUUGCACAGAAAUUGCUAGCACUGAACCCAGAUGCAGUUGAACUGUUUAAGAAGGCAAAUGCCAUGCUGGAUGAGGAUGAGGAAGACAGAGUGGAUGAGAUAGCACUACGACAGCUUACAGAAAUGGGGUUUCCAGAAAGCAGAGCUGUCAAAGCCCUUCGAUUAAAUCAUAUGUCAGUGACACAGGCCAUGGAGUGGUUGAUAGAACACGCAGAUGACCCUGCAGCGGAUGCUCCGCUUCCAGGUCAGACUCCAUCAGAAGCCACAGCUGCAGCUGGUGCAUCCUCUGCUGAAGCGACUGCGGGUCCUAGUUCGGAAGCGUGUGGGGAAGAGGCCAAGGAUGAGCUGACGGAAAUAUUCAAGAAGAUCCGGAGGAAAAGAGAGUUUCGUCCAGACCCACGAGCUGUCAUUGCCCUGAUGGAGAUGGGAUUUGAUGAAAAAGAAGUGGUCGAUGCACUCAGAGUAAACAACAACCAGCAAAAUGCAGCCUGUGAAUGGCUGCUGGGAGACAGAAAGCCUUCUCCAGAGGACUUAGAUAAGGGAAUUGACACCAAUAGCCCUCUCUUCCAAGCCAUCUUAGAAAACCCAGUGGUACAGUUAGGGCUAACCAACCCUAAAACUCUACUAGCCUUCGAGGAUAUGCUUGAAAACCCCUUGAACAGCACUCAGUGGAUGAAUGAUCCAGAAACUGGGCCUGUCAUGCUACAGAUCUCUCGAAUCUUCCAGACGCUGAAUCGCACGUAGAGGGAAAUGCCAGUCCACUGUGCCACUUCCUACUAUCCCUCGCUUCACCUUCUCCUCAAUGGGAGGGUGCAUGGAUUGUUUGGGGAGGGGGGCGGA